AUGGAGAAGCAGGAUGAAGGUAAUCUUGAUGAAGAAUACAAACGCUAUUUAGAAAUAGUGAGACCCUAUCUAAGCCAGUUACUCGAUCAGGAUGUAAUCGACCUAUGCAAUGCUUGGGUUCAAAAACUUUGCAAUUCCAAAAGAAAUGAAAAAAUACUACGUAAUAAAUACAUGUGUUCUUUAUAUUACCAAUUAUCUAGAGGAAUCUUAGAAAAACCGUUCGUAUGUAAACCAGAUUUUGAAAUACUACCUCCCCUACCAAAUCAAAUAUAUGAUGAGUCUUCGACUGAGUUGGAGUAUCUUUUAGUGGAUUUAGAUAAUACGAAAGUACUUUUUAAUAAUGGAGUAAGCUCUGUUUCCGCUACAGAUAAUUUGGAUGGUAGUGAAGAGACUAAAUGUGAACGUGAAUUAAAGGCAGACUCUGACAAUGCUAUUGUUGUUAGAACACCGGAACAAAAUUUUUGUUCAGUAAAAUGUAAGCCAAAUAAUAGAGAUAGCAUUUUCUUGAACUUUAAUACUUUAAUUCAUGAUCAUGACUAUCAAUCUAGAAUUAAAAAUCUUAUAAUGAAAUUUCGAAAUAUCAAAGAACAAAAUUUAAGAUUAAAUGAAGAAAUAGCUCUUAUGAAAGAGAUUAAAAGGAAAAAUGAUUAUGAUGACUCAUAUGAAGAAAUAACUAAACUUGAUACUUCCACAAGUGCAUACAUUUCAUCUGAAAAGAGUUCUACAACAUUAAAGUCGUUAAAAUCCAAACUCGAAGAAGCGCAAGCUUCAAGAAAUAUGUUAAUAGAAAAUAUUAGUAACUUGAAAGAGAGACUAGAUAACUACGAUGAUAUGAAAAAAUAUGAAAUAGAGGAUAUAAAAGCAAAACAUAAAGUAGAAAUAAUACAAAUUGAAACUGCUAUACGAGAUGAAUUAAGAGCCGGAUAUGAAAAGAAAUUAGCGGAAGUCAAAAAACAUUAUGAAGAUUCUAUUAAUACUAUUGAAAAAAAUAAACAGAAAGAAAUCGAAAAUAUUGCAGCAACCAAAGAUGAAAUUAUUUCUCAGAAAGAUAAAAUCAUAAAUAUGAAAAAUGAAGAAAUUGCUCAGUUAAAAUGCUAUAGUGAGGACUUAAAACAUAACCGAACUCCAAAAUCCACACCUCGAAAAAUCGAUUUAGAAAAAUGUUUGAGUAAAUUAGAAAAGUCAAAAGCCAAAUGCUGUAAAGCAUAUGAGGCUAAGAUACUUAACUUAAAAAGAGAGAAACACCUUGCAGAAUGUUCCUUACAGCUUCAGUUAGUGAAACAGAGAGCUCAAAUUGUUAAUGAAGUAACUGAUGAACAUCAAUUGGAAGUAUCAACCGCUUUAGAAAAACUAGAAAGUAAAUAUAAAGAUAUUGUAGCCAAUGUACAAGCAACAGCUGUUCAAAGAAGAAUUCAAGAUCAAAUGGUGCUAGAAUCAUUGAUACAAACAGUGUGUGGAGUUCAUAAAGAAGGUAGCACACAACCUACAUAUCAAAACCAAUUAAAGGACAAAGUUAUGUGCAGUCAAAUAAAAACAAAUUGUGAUAUUGAAUUUUCAAGCAUAUCACAAGGUAAUAGAGUUGGUAGUGUUAUUGUUGGUAAUAAUUGCACAGGAACUGUAAAUGAUUGUUACUUAGAUAGUGAAAAAAUGAGAGAGCUGAAUUUUGAGAAAAUGCAUAUACCUCAAAGAGACUCUGGCAAUACU